AUGGUUUUAGCUGCAUCACAUGCUUCAUCAUUUCUUAUAUCACUUCUUAUUAGUUUAUUAUUAUUUGCAUCGAUGCAAUUAUUUCGUACACAACUUUCAUCAAGCCAACCAUUAACUAUUGUUGGUGGUUUUAUUGGUUCAAUGGUAUUUGUGUCACUUUUAACGGCUUUAAGUAAUUUCGAAAUGAAUACUUUUGGACCGAAUUAUCAAGCAAGAAUUUUUCCUGAAGUUGUUAUUUGCUUAUUUAUAUCAAUGAUAUGCUCUGCAUUUGUUCAUCGAGUCUGUGUAACAACUUGUUUGAUCUUUUCAUUAAUUGCACUUUAUUAUAUUAAUCGUAUUUCAACAAGUAUCUAUGGAAAUCCAAGUGUACCAGCCACAGGUUAUGCAACACAAAGUUAUUCAGUCAAAAAGAAACAAAAAUAA